GUGAAAGUAAUUUCUGUCACAAUCGUCUAGAAACUGGAGAUUACUGGAUAAUUCUUUCCUCCUGAGUCGUAACUCUUCAAUAGUGCCUACUCAUGGGCCCUUACAAACAAUGGAGUACAGAGCCUUUAGGCCUUACGGCGGGUAGGAUACUUCAGACUAAAUGAUGAGAGUUCGGAUUUUACAGGGAACAUCAAUUCCACACAAGAAUACAGGUUCUCCCUGCUGACAAGUGUUAGGUUAGGUCCUGGAUUUCAUGCCGACUACCUCCAAUCACCCAACAUACCUUCAGAUCAUUGAGCUGGAAUAUAAUAGUUUGCACUUUUUCAUUAGUCAAUUCGCGGUAUGACAUGACCAUCAUUCAAUGGUUUCAGCAUGGUUGGUUCCAUUAGCUACAGUUUUACAAUUUUUAGAGAUGCAUAGAUUUCUUAGAUGUUUAUUCUCUAUGUUAAAAGAUUUAUUAAUCCACUUAAAUAUUGACCAAUCAUAUCUUACAGAUUUUUCACCAAUCGCAGCAUUCGGUAUUUUCGAUGGUCAUAAUGGUCCAGAAGUGGCUGAACACUGUUCUCACCUUACACCGUAUUUACUUAGUAUAGAGUUGCAACGACAUAUUUUAUCAUCGUCAUCUAGUAUUAAUCGUAAUUAUUCUAAAUGUAUACCAGAUAUAUUAGCCGAAAUUUUUCAUCGAUUGAAUGAAUCAGUCAACAGUGGAAGAGCACAAAAGCUUUGGAAUUCUGGUACAACAGCUACAGUAUGUGCAUUUGCUGGUGAUACUAUAUGUACAGCUUGGGUUGGUGAUUCACAAGCUUGGCUUAUUUUCCCCUAUACAAACGAUAUUAAUGAUGAUGGUAUUAUUAACCAUAAUAAUAUCUUGAAAAAUAAUUUUAAUUGUUGUAUUAGUAGGGUACAAGAGAAUAAAAAUAGUGCUCGUACUACUAAUACAAUUAGUAGUAGUAGUUUUCAUGAGUCACCGGAAAGAAUGUCUGUAUUAAUGGAAAUCCCAUCAUCGGAUAAAAAUCUCAUUAAUAAUAAUAAUACACGUGUUAUCAAGUCAACAUCGUUGAAUAUUAUGCCUGAUCGUUUAUCAUCAUCAUUAUGUAAUGGAAGUAUACCUACUAGUCAAAGUGCUUCAAUCAUUGAGAGACGUCAUCAUCAAAAACAAAAUGCUCCACAAUCGACAGUUGAAGUGAAACAAUUCACUGAAGACUCUUCUUCAUUAUUAAUGAAUCAGGAGAAUUCUAUGCAUAAUAAUAGUAAUAAUAAUGAUGAGAUGAAUAUAAAUGAAUAUUUAGGCAUUGCAUUGACUGAUUGUUUACAUCGUCCAGAAUCACCUUCUGAAUUUGUUUCUGUCCUACGAACUGGCGGUUCAAUAUUAACUGAAGUUGGCUCUGAAAAUAGUUCAUCUGUGGAGAAUAAAAUUUUCUAUUCACAUUCACCUAAAGAUUGCAUGAUCAAUUUAGCUGUAACUCGUGGUGUCAAAGAAAAUACACCUAAUAAUAAUUGUUUUAGUAGAUGUAUUUCCAUACCACCUCUUGAUAAUCCAAGUUUAGUCGAUUGUAGAGUUGGAUGUUUAUCGUCGGUAAGUCGAUCAAUAGGUGAUGAUGAAACAGCGGUUGGUUUGAACGCUCUACCAUCCAUAACAAUUUGGUCAGCAUCUAAACAACAACAACAAUCAACGCAUCAUCGUAAUAAGACAAUAACAACAACAUCAAUGCCUUUAUGUUUGAUUAUGGCAAGUGAUGGUCUAUGGGAUGCACCUUGUUGUUCUGGUCCAGAGAUUUCACUAAUGGCAUGGCAUUGGUAUAAAGAGCAUAUUUAUCAGAAAAAGGACUGUAAAAAUCACCAUUCAUUCUCUGAAUUCUUAGUUAAUUUAGCUGUUCAAAAUGGUGCAUCAGAUAAUAUAACAUGUAGUGUAAUUUGGUUACAUAAAUGGAAACCAACAAAAUUAAAAGGUUGGACUGUCGACUGUCAUUCAUUAGCAUCAUCUAGUCUGGUCAGAUGGCCUAGACAUUCACGAGUUACUUCAUUAGUCAAUAUAAAUUCUCCUACUGAUGUUUUCGUAAGAGGUCCACGAAAAUGUAUACCAUCUAAAAUGCCUCAACUAGUUUCUCAAAAAUCUUAUUCAUUAAGUGAUAUAUUUGAUAGGGAUUUAUCAAUUCCACGUUAUUCCAGUCCUCCACGUGACAUUGUAUAUCAUCAACCUGAUUGUAUAUCUUCAGACUGAAUGAACUAACUGCUACUUUUUUUUGUACAAAUUGCAUGUUUGUUUACUAUUGUUAUUAUUAUUCUUGUUUCAUAGUCUACUUAACAUUUCUUAUUAACAAAAUCCAAUUUGUAACCAUUGCGUAUCCGAUAGACUAAUAUCAACACCACCAACAACAACAGCAACAUAUUUCUACUGCAUAAAUCAUUAUACUACUGAUUUAUAACAAUGAAGUUGGUGAUAUAACUGUGUGUGUAAAAUAGCAUUUGUAUUUGUUUUUUUGUAUUACUAACUUUCAAAGGCCAAUUUCCGGUUUCUUAUUAUCGUUUUCUUUUUUUAAAAAAAAAGAAAUUAAUGUAUCCAUAGUCUUUUUUUCUCCCUAUUUGAAUCUUAGUUUAUGUGUUUAAGAGAGUCAAUUGUUUAUCUUUGUCUUGUUCAUUUUUGUACUUUUUAGAAGAACAAAAAAUAGUUUAAUUCACUGAUUCAGUUGUUACCCUCUUUUUGUUUUUUUUCGUGUGGUUAUUUAUCGAAGGAGUAUGUAUAUGUUACCUUGUUCAUACUAUUUUAUGUGGAUACUAAAUUGUAUGCUUUCAUAAUGCUGAUGUUAUUAAUAGUGAUAAUUAUAUUUAUUAUUAGUAUGUCUUAUACAACAA